AUGCGUGACUGUCGGCACAUUCGCACCACCACGGUGGCUCGAGCCUUCCUCGAGCACUGGAUCGCCAGGUUCGGUGUUCCAUCCAUCAUCACCACCGACCGCGGCGCUCAGUUCGAGUCUGCCCUCUGGUCGGAGCUUCAGCGGUUCCUCGGCUGCCAGCGGACUCGGACAACCAGCUACCACCCGGCCUGCAACGGCAUGGUCGAGCGGUUCCACCGUCAGCUGAAGGCCAGCCUCCGUGCCCACCAAGCUGCCUCGUGGACAGACGUGCUGCCGCUGGUCAUGCUGGGCAUCCGCGCCACCAUCAAGACCGACCUGCAAGCAUCCCCAGCUGAACUGGUAUACGGCUCUCCACUGCGACUCCCAGCCGAGUUCUUCGACAACAGCCGCACAGCAGACGCAUCACCAGCCUCCUUCGUCAAGGACCUGCGACGCGCCAUGGCUCAGCUUCGACCCACUCUGCCACGGACAACCAAGCGCGCCACGUACGUCCCGGAGGCGCUGAAGACGGCAAAGUACGUUUUCGUUCGGCGGGACGACCACCGUUACCCUCUGGACGCACCGUACGACGGCCCGUUCCCAGUCAUCAACAGGACAGACAAGACCAUCACCAUCCAACGGCGACAGCGACGCGACGUCAUCACCAUCGACCGUUGCAAGCCCGCCUUCAUGGACGAGGUGCCGGAUCAACCUCAGGAGCAGCCACAGCGCGCACCUGACGUGCAGUCACCGGCCGCCCAGACAGGCGGCCCGGAGCUCCUGCUCUAUGACGACACUCCAGCCGCCGCACGUCCUGCACCGCCAACACCACGCCCGGCGCCAACGGAAGCACCAACAACAAGACCGACAACACCGCGACCAGCAGCGCCAUCGCGGCCAGCAUCGACCACGGACAUCACCACGCCAGCACAGCCCAGAUCGAUUCUCCGCACUCGCUCCGGACGCGAGUCACGACCACCGGAUCGAUUUCGACACGUCACCUUCAUCGGCGACGCGUCUAGGGAGGGGGCAGUGUAG